AUGGUAAGUAACUCAGACUCGAAACGGUCUAGAGAGCAGUUUGUUUUAUUUGUUUUUAUUUUUUUGGUUUUUCAUUACUAACUUUUUUUUUUGAACUUAUAGGCUGAUGAUACCGAAAAGUAUCCCCCGAGUAUACAAAAACUAUUCCAACCUAAACUACCGCUUCCCUACGCGAAGCCAAGCGAUUAUCCACCUGAAAAACGAAGGACCGCAUGGAUCUCCCCCAUAUCGGACGUCAAGUCAUUGGUGGCGGACUACUUGGCCAAUGAUUUACCGAAAAAGGAGUCGAAAUUAGUCAAGCCAGAGAAAACCACGCAUCAAGAGAAGCUCCAAAGAGCUGCAUUGAAGAGAAAAGUCAAAAAGGACUCGUUUGAUCGACAGUUGAGGAACUGGAAUGAUCCCGAGCUUUUUGAAAAACACGAAAGAGAGUUUAUGAAGGACCCCUAUCGCACUGUUUUCAUUGCAAGGCUCGAGUACAGUUUGACAGAACUAGAAAUAACGCAGCAUUUUCAAAAAUACGGUGUGAUUGAGUCCAUAAGAGUGAUUCGAGACCGCGAGGGGAAAAGCAGAGGCUACGGGUUCAUUGUCUAUGAAAGGGAGGCCGAUGCAAACACCUGUGUUGCCGACACGUGCAGGACGGGUGUUUUGAUGAAGGGCAGAAAGAUUCUAGUUGAUAUUGAAAGAAGCCGAAUCUUGAGACACUGGAAACCGCGGCGAUUAGGCGGCGGCGAAGGCGGCAGAGACUACUCGAAAGAGGGCAAGGCUGCGUCAGUCGCGGCCAGCGGCAGGCGGACCAAUAUCGCCAAUAAUCCAAACAGCCAAGCACAAUUGUACCGCUCGCAGUCUGGCUUCACCCAGAGCUCUUCCAGUUACCAAGCGAGCCAUCAUCAUAUUCCUCCAGCACUCGCGACGGCAAACUUUUCAUCGGAAAGUCGCAACUGGUCAAACCCCAGUUCAUUUGUCGCCAGCGGAGAUGGUCUGGGACCGGUGGAUUCUCGAUACCUGCUACCUCAGCACGAUUUCCGACCUAGCCACCAGCCACAGGUGUCGUCUUACUCCUCCUAUCAAUCUCCAAAUGCCCCUGCCGUCUACUCUCGAAGUCCGCACACGUCAGUCGCAAGCAAUGUUCCUGAACCAAGAACUUCCAUCAAAAACAAAUACGCUAAAUACGCAACUGCCGCAGAAAAAGCAAAAGAGCCAACCGUUGCUGAUAAAUACGCAAAGUACGCUUCAUUGGGUAACGGUGCAUCGGGUCAACAAACUACUACGAGGUCGAUGAGAAGCAUCAGACGUGGUUAG